AUGGCGACGAGGUUUUUUAAUCGACUUGGUCAAUUAGGUGUUGCUCUGGCCAUUGGUGGUGGAGUGCUUAAUUCUGCAUUAUACAACGUUGAAGGAGGACACAGAGCUGUAAUCUUUGAUAGAUUUCGUGGAGUUUUACCCAAUGUAUCUGGAGAAGGAACACACUUUAUCGUUCCAUGGUUUCAAAGGCCAAUCGUAUUUGAUAUACGUAGUCGUCCUAGGAAUGUUCCAGUAACAACUGGCAGCAAAGAUUUGCAAAACGUAAACAUCACUAUACGUAUAUUAUUUCGACCGUUGGCUAAUACUUUACCAAACAUGUAUAAGAAUCUUGGAAUUGACUAUGAUGAAAGAGUUCUACCAUCAAUCACGAAUGAAGUCAUGAAAGCCGUAGUGGCUCAAUACGAUGCCAGUGAACUGAUCACCCAACGAGAAAAUGUAUCACAUAUGAUUAGGCAGCAACUAACUGAACGCGCAGCAAGUUUUGGAAUACUACUAGACGACAUUUCCAUCACUCAUUUAACAUUUGGGCAUGAAUUCACACAUGCUGUCGAAAUGAAACAAGUUGCUCAACAGGAAGCUGAACGCGCACGUUUCGUUGUUGAAAAGGCUGAACAGCAAAAAAUGGCUGCUGUUAUUACCGCUGAAGGUGAUGCUCGUGGUGCUAAAUUACUUGCAAGUGCAUUCGCUGAAGUAGGUGAAGGUUUAAUUGAAUUAAGAAGAUUGGAAGCGGCCGAAGAAAUUGCACAAGUUUUAGCUCGCUCUCGUAAUGUAGCCUAUUUACCAAAUGGGCAAAAUGUUCUGAUGAAUUUACCAAACCCAUAACUAUUUCUAUAUUAUUAAUAAAUUAACUUCAGGCUAAUUAUAACAUGCUUAAGUGUAAUGCUUAUGAUUGUAUACAUGGAUUCUGGAUAUUAAUUUACGGCUUCAUAGGUUCUCAGUGCCUAUUCCUGUAAAAACUUACAUUUGCUCAUGCUGAGAAAUGA